GAAGAAGAAGCGUGGAGUUUAACCAAGAGCAGCGGCGGCGUGCUGAGCCCAGUAAGGAUUUAGGAGCGAGGCAGUGUGAGUGCAAGGUAGCAUGAUUGAAAACAGACUGGAAUAAUAUUUGAAACUUGGUAACCUACUACUACCGUACUACAGAUAAAGUAGCUUCGAAUCGUGUUGCUUCUGCAGUUUAGGUUGCCAUGACCUCCUGCAUUGCAGCUUGUGCUGGGGAGCUUGAAUCAUGGAUCAGCGGUGCUUUUUCAUCUCUGAAAACAAUUGGACUCUCCCGUCUGUCUGAGUAUUAAAAGGUUCUCAGUUGUGUUUGUUUUGUCCCUUCACUGGCGGAUUCUGAAGCGAUACAGCAUGAGGGGAAACUAACCUUUUACUGGGGGCUGGAAAAAGGGAAUGAGCGCUGGGGUGGCGGGAGAGAGCAGCGCGGGGAUGCCGCUGUAGAAGAGAACCGUUCUUCAAAGAAGGAGGCAGAGCGAAGGGAAGGGCAUGGCCAAGCUCUUCUACAGACUCCAGAGGUUUCUCCGACGGACCCAGUUUGUGUUUCUCUUCCUGGCGGCGGCAUACCUCAUGGCUGGGAGUGUUGUGCUGCUGCAGAGGUCAGGGUUCGCCCUCCAGACAGGGUCCCGAGGGACUAGUAGCUUCCUGCCAGUGCCGUCUCUAGGUACGGUGACCAAAGGAGCCCUGCUGGACACCGGCAUGGUGGGCAGUGGUAACAAGCUGGAUUCCCAGGCCCUCGUGAGCAGGCUGGACGGUCCGGUGAAUGGGGAGGUUCUAGGCAGGAGGAACGGACCUCGCUGGCUGAUGUCCCGCAACCUGGAAAUCAGACAGUUAAGACGACGCUGGUUUCAUAGUCUCAUGACAGAACAAGAACCACGAGUGGAGCGCAAGGUGGUGAAGAGGAAAGUGAAGCACAAAGGCACUUAUGUCGGAUGCUUCCUGGAUGACUCCAAGGAAAGAGCUUUGAAAGGAACGGUAUUUUACGAUUUUCGAAAAAUGACGAGCUCGCUGUGCCAGGACACCUGUUCAGAAAGUGGGUACCUCUUUUUUGCCGGCCUGGAGUACGGUGCAGAAUGCUACUGCGGGAACCGGAUUGCUGCACCCAAGACCAGAGAAGAGGAUUGCAACCUGGACUGCAAGGGAGAGAAGGGCUCGAUGUGCGGGGGGGUCGGGAGGCUGUCUGUGUUCAAGGUGGAAGACCUGCAUCCCGGAGCCAGGAAAUACAGGAAUGUUCAUUACCGGGGAUGUUUCAGAAGGCCAAAGAAUUCAACAGCUGCCUUCCGCGUCCAUGCCACUCAGCUGAAUUUAACCUCAGAAUCCUGCAUCGAGCUCUGCAGUGAUAAGGAGUUGCCUCUGGCUGUCCUCAGGAGACCGGAGUGUUACUGUGGUUACACCUCGACCCACUUCACUCUUCACGAGAAGGCCGAUGAGCAGCGCUGCGGCGGAGUGACCAACGCCAGCGAUGUCACCGGUGACGUCACCACACGCCUCACCGGAGAUGAGGGCUAUGUCAUGGUGUACCAGACUCCGGUGAAAGACACAAGGUGCACGGAGAGGACGUUUCUACCGGAGAAAUCCCAGAUGCUGGUUGGUCUGUCCAGCUUUCCUGGCGCUGGGAACACCUGGGUCAGGCACCUCAUAGAGCUAGCCACGGGAUACUAUACUGGCAGCUACUACUUUGACGGCACGCUCUACAACAAAGGUUUUAAGGGUGAGAAGGAUUACUGGAAGAGUGGGAGGACCAUCUGCGUGAAGACCCACGAGAGCGGGAAGAGAGAGAUCGAGAUGUACGACUCGGCCAUCCUGUUGAUCAGGAACCCCUACAACUCGCUCAUGGCGGAGUUCAACCGCAAGUGCGCCGGGCACCUGGGGUACGCCUCCGAGCAGCACUGGAAGAGCAAAGAGUGGCCGGAUUUCGUCAGCAGCUACUCCUCCUGGUGGGCCUCCCACGUCCUGGACUGGAUGAAAUUCGGGAGACGUCUCCUGGUGAUCCACUACGAGGAGCUGAAGAGGGAGCUGUUCCCACGGCUCCGGGAGAUCGUGGACUUUCUGAACGUUACUGCGUCGGACGAGCACCUGCUCUGCGUGGAGAGCAACCAGGACGGCAACUUCAAGCGCACUGGAGCGAAGCUGAGGGACUUCGACCCGUUCACCGUGGAGAUGAAAUCGCUGAUCGACGGGUACAUAAAGACCGUGGACGAUGCUCUGAGAAACAGCAACUUCAGCGGCUUGCCAGGGGAGUACGUGCCCAGAUGAUGACAGAUAAACUGAGCCUCAGUUUGAAAACAGAAACCGGCAAGGGCGCCAUCUACAGCACAGGCUAUGCUACUGACACCCUACUGAAUACCCCAGGGACCUUGUCUCCAAGAGAAGGGGAAGUCGCGCCCUAAGCCACUGACUGAUGAGAGGUGUCUCUGAGUUGAAACAGGAGGGUCGCACCUUCAAGAGACGACACACGCAGUUAGUCAAGCAGAUAAAGACGGAAACUGUAUGGCAGGUUAGGUAUUUUUUUGCUGCUUGUGGGGUGCCAAAACUGUAUCUUCCCUUCUAGAAUGGGACGUUUUUGUGGUGGUUCAGGCUGUGUAGAAGAGAUUUAUAAAGAUUUGUAUAAGUUCA